AGAUAAGAUAUUGAAAUAGGGCUAUACCAAACAAAUUUGAAAGCAGCUGCAUGGGUAAUCUAGUCUUAAUUUUUGCAGAAUAUUGGCACAGUGUAUGUAUGUAAGCGAAAAUACAUUGUGCAGUUCUCUGCAAUAACAUUUGUCGAAUACAAGAAUAGGUGACGUCAUUACCGCUUCCACAGAAGUGAAAGAGGAAACGGCGUGUGAUUUGCGAUUGUGGAAGACAUUUUUAUAAUAUUGUCUUGGUUAACGGCUUCUAAGUAUUGUCGAAAUGUCGAAGCGUAGAAUAGAGGUUGAUUCUUACGCAAGGAAAAAAAGCUGUGAUCGAGAGAAUGACAAGGAUAGAGAUCGGAACAAGGAGAGAGACAAGGAUGAGAAGAAAGCACCAACAAAUCUGGGGACGCCUUUGACCAAUUAUCCUAAGCAAAACCUUCAAAUAAACCCAUUUACAGGGUUACCAUACACACCACGAUAUCAAGAAUUUCUGCGCAAACGUAUCACACUGCCAGUGUGGGAAUAUCGAGCCCAGUUCAUGAAACUUUUGGAAGAGAAUCAGUGUAUAGUUCUGGUUGGUGAAACUGGUUCAGGAAAGACAACGCAGAUACCUCAGUGGUGUGUGGAAUUUUCAAGAGCUAAGGGGAAGAAAGGUGUGGCAUGUACUCAACCAAGAAGGGUAGCAGCCAUGUCUGUUGCCCAGCGUGUAUCAGAAGAGAUGGAUGUUUGCUUAGGACAAGAAGUUGGCUAUAGUAUUCGAUUUGAAGAUUGCUCCUCAGCUAAAACCCUAUUAAAGUACAUGACUGAUGGUAUGUUGUUACGAGAAGGUAUGUCUGACCCUAUGCUAGAAAACUACCAGGUGAUUCUGUUGGAUGAGGCUCAUGAGAGAACUCUAGCAACAGAUAUUCUUAUGGGUGUAUUGAAAGAGGUCACUAAACAGCGUUCAGACCUCAAGUUGGUUAUUAUGUCAGCCACUCUUGAUGCUGGAAAGUUUCAGCUCUAUUUUGACAAUGCACCAUUGAUGAAUGUGCCUGGUAGAACCCAUCCUGUUGAAAUUUUCUACACACCAGAACCUGAAAGGGACUACCUUGAAGCUGCCAUUCGAACCGUGAUUCAGAUUCAUAUGUGUGAAGAAAUUGCUGGUGAUGUCCUCCUCUUUCUCACAGGCCAAGAGGAAAUUGAAGAAGCCUGUAAGAGAAUUAAACGUGAAAUUGAUAACCUUGGACCAGAAGUUGGUGAGCUGAAGUGCAUUCCUCUCUAUUCCACACUUCCUCCCAAUCUUCAGCAACGUAUCUUUGAGCCAGCACCACCAAAUAAACCCAACGGAGCAAUUGGACGGAAAGUUGUUGUCUCAACUAAUAUUGCUGAAACAUCUCUGACAAUUGAUGGUGUUGUAUUUGUGAUUGAUCCUGGAUUUGCAAAACAGAAGGUCUAUAAUCCUCGCAUCCGUGUGGAAUCACUUCUGGUUUCACCCAUCAGCAAGGCUUCUGCUCAGCAGAGAGCUGGUAGAGCUGGUCGUACAAGACCAGGCAAAUGCUUUCGGCUCUAUACAGAAAAAGCAUUCAAACAGGAGAUGCAGGAUAACACAUAUCCUGAGAUUCUUCGUUCAAACUUGGGCUCCGUUGUUCUGCAGCUUAAAAAGUUGGGAAUUGAUGACUUGGUUCAUUUUGAUUUCAUGGAUCCUCCAGCUCCAGAAACACUGAUGCGAGCUUUGGAGUUGCUGAACUAUUUGGCUGCAUUGGAUGAUGAUGGCAACUUGACAGACCUGGGAGCAGUCAUGGCAGAAUUCCCUCUUGAUCCUCAGUUGGCUAAGAUGUUGAUUGCUAGCUGCAACCACAACUGCUCUAAUGAGAUUUUGUCCAUCACAGCUAUGUUGUCAGUCCCGCAGUGCUUCGUGCGGCCCAAUGAGGCCAAGAAAGCGGCAGAUGAUGCCAAGAUGAGAUUCGCUCACAUCGAUGGUGACCACCUCACAUUACUCAACGUCUACCAUGCUUUCAAACAAAACUCGGAGGAUCCUCAGUGGUGUUAUGACAACUUCGUUAACUACCGAUCUCUCAAGUCAGGUGACAAUGUGCGGCAGCAGCUGUCUCGUAUCAUGGAUCGCUUUAACCUGAAGAGAACCUCAACAGACUUCACAUCCAAGGACUACUAUAUCAAUAUAAGAAAAGCCUUGGUUACGGGAUUUUUUAUGCAGGUUGCCCAUUUGGAAAGAACAGGUCAUUACUUGACCAUUAAAGACAACCAAGUAGUUCAGCUUCAUCCUUCAACAUGUCUCGACCACAAGCCGGAGUGGGUUAUCUACAAUGAGUUUGUACUCACAACAAAAAAUUACAUUCGAACUGUCACUGACAUCAAACCUGAAUGGGUGUUAAAAAUAGCACCUCAAUAUUAUGAUUUGAACAACUUCCCACAAUGUGAAGCCAAGAGACAGCUUGAACUCCUACAAGCCAAGAUGGAGACAAGACAGUACCAAGAAGGGUUUUGAUGUAGAUGUACACACAUGCUCUCACUCACACAUAGAACUUUUAGUUUAGCAAAUGUACAGUGUUGAUGACAAGAAACUUCAUUCCAGAGUUAAUUCAUCAUGUAGACAAAAUGCUUUCAUUGUGUUGAUAUGGGAAGUACUCAUUAUCUUUAAGGAAUGCAUCAUGUUCUGUUAUUCUAUAUAAAUUCUUUGUUAUGUUUCCCUCUCAACACAGUCAUUAGAAUCUCAUUCACAUUUCACUGUGUAUAAUGAGUUUAUUGGUCUGAGUAGUAUGGUAAUACGCUAUACGUUUCUUCUUAUAAAGCCAUCAUCAGGCAGUAUACAUUAACAAACUUUUUCAAACUACUGAAUUGCGCUAACUUAUGACUUAAAAUUACUUUUAUUUUUAUUUUAUUAUAUAUACAUUUAUAUACAUUUUUAAGCACCAAAUUGAAUGUAGAACCUUCAUUCCAAUUUUAAUGCAUUUUAUAGAGAUGAAAGUUGAAUGUAUUAACUGAAUGCGAAGUUUGGUACAUUGGCAAUAAUUAUAUUGUAAUGUAUGAAUUAUGUAAAGUACAAUUCAGUAGUCUGAAAAUGUUUGUUGAUGUAUACUGUCUGAUGAUGGCUUUAUAAGCUGAAACAUAUAGUGUAUUACCAUACUUUUACAACCAAUAAACUCGUUAUACACAGCGAAAUAUGAAUAAGAUUCUAAUGGUUGUCGUGUUGAGAUGGAAACAAAAUGAAGAAUUUCUAUUAGAAAGUAUUCAUUAUUUACCUACUUUGUGAUUAGUACUGAAAUGAUAAUGUGGCAGAUAUUGAAUAAAUGCAUGUUUGUCUUGAAAGGUUAAUUCUGUUGUCACAUUUCCUAGCAUCAGAGACAAAAAAUUACAAGAUUUUCUUUGUGACUUCCUACAUUGCUUACAGAGUAGUUCAGAGUAGUGACAGAUUGAUUGACAUUCAGUUACACUUGUUCUAAAAGUGGAUUCAUCAGUACUGAACCUGCCACUGCAAUAUAUAGGUACUAAUUUUAAAAGUUCUUCCAAAUGAACACAAUAAUGCUAUGCCAAUGGUACUGUUUUUAAGAUACACACAUACAUACAUACAUACAUGCAUUUAAAAAUGCAAAUAUUGUUGCUUGUAAAGCUGUGUACAUGAUACCAAUUUCUUGCUUCUUUAUAUACUUUUUUGUUGGAGGUAGUUUGUGAUAACUGGUUAUUAAUGUUUUCAGGUUGAAAUUGUUAUUUUUAAGCCCAGAAAAAACUGUAAUUUUUUUCUGUAUUUAUCCACAUCUCCAUAUUUAGAUAGUUUUACAACAUUUUCGCGCUCUUGUUGACAGUUGCGUCCAAAAUAUUGCAAUCUUGUUCAUGGUCCGUUAAGACAACUAUGAGUUCAUAUUAAACUUGGGGCCUAUAACUAAAACAUACAGCAUGUGGGCAUGUUGAAGUCUAGCCAUAGUUACAUCAACAUGUGGACUCUGUUAGGGUCUCCAAUAUUAAAUACAUGUAAGUUGACCUCUGCCUUUGUCUUCAGUUUGAAUCAGAUUCUUCUGUAUAAUCACUUUGGGUUACAGUUACUUGAAUGGUUCCACACAGAUAUGUAUGAAGAAAUGUUACAGUAUGCUAUUGUAAUAGUGUAUAUUUCAGACAACAAGAUGUGUUGUCUUAAUGCUGUAACUAAACUGUGUUCUUGUACUGUGGGUAAAAGAGAGUAGAAAUGUUGACUUAAUUCUUAAUCAUUCUCUUCCAUCCCAGUGUCUGGACUACAUCAACAUGAAGUGUUUGCACCUGAUGAGAUCUCUUUGUUUUGUUAUUUUUCAAUUCAGGUUUAAUAUGAAAUCAUGUUCAAUUCUUUGUCAUAUUUGUCAGUCUUUAUCUAUGAAUUUGUUGUUUUACAUUAUGUUGCAACUGUUUCUUUUUGAGUAAGACAGAGCAGUGAGAGUAAAAACUAUUUGAUCAUUUUGUUGGCAGUAUUUUUUCACCCAGCUGCAGGAGCAAUAGCAGUCUUAUUCCGUCUAUAAGUGAUAAUGCUGGUACUGUGUGUAAACAGGCAAAGACUGGCAGAGAGAAAAGGAGCAGGUCACCAUGAACAGUGGAUGCAUUUCCACUGUACCUCUUUAAGGAUCAGCUGAUACUUGAUAACGGGUUACUGGCCACAGACUUUUCCUAACCUGUUUAAUUUACAAUUGUGCAUAUAUAAGAUUUCCACUAAAUAUUGUACAGUGCAGCAUUUUUGGUUGAAUUAUUAAGUUGACUGAAGGAGAAAACACUGUCAGGCUUACAGAAUGCUGUAUUAUUGGAAAUUUGAUAUUAUUCACUACUGCAUGCUGGUAAUACUCAUGGCUGGAAGAGCUGGCGAAGAUGUGAAUUUCAAAACAGCUUAACUUGUGGAACAGCAGUACAUCCAUGGAACAUAGUAGGCCACUAGGGUUAUGUUUGAAGUUGAUCCAAGGUUCUUAAUGUUGGAACAGUAGUAAUAGUCAUAUUAUCUCAGUCAGUAAGUGAUUUGUUGGGACACUGGUUUCUUAUUGGGAAGGGCUACUUCGAGAAUUUUUGAUGCCGCGGUUUCUAAGUUCCCUAAUCAUAAAUUAAUCGAGGCAGAUGAGAUGGGCAGGACAUGUAACACCCCCGAGAAAAAAA